AUGGGUGCGGAGCGGCAAGGAGAGCGGCGAGCAAGAAUCCCAAAUUUCAAAUCUGGGAAUGGCGGAUUCCCUGGGGAAGGCAAUCUUUCUGGGGGUGGAACUAGCAAUCAGGCAGACUUACAAGCGUCCCAAGGGCUACUGGAAGUUAAAAAUAUUUCUGAUCCAGUUACAGGGGUGGUUGCUAUUUUUGUUCCGGAUAAGUUGGUAGAUCUUACUGAAAAUAACAAGUUAUCCGCUUCUCCAGGGAAAGGCAAGAGAAAGCUGGAGGAAGGGGAACCCAGCAAGGAGGAGGCUACUUCUAGAAAAAAAAGCAAGAGUGCCACUGGGAUGAAAGACCAUGAUGAAAACAAUGACAUAGAGGAAAUUGGAAAAGAGGGUAGUGAAAUGGAAAUAGAUGAGUCAGAGAGUGAGGACAGUUGGAAAGAUGAGGAUGUGGGUGUAGAGGAUGAAGAAGGUGAGAACGAGUCCGACAAUGAUAGCCCAAUUCAUAGUGCUAGCUUAGGCAACGACAACAGCCAACCUAUGGUGGAUUUGGAUGAUAAGGAUAAUGAGGAAAAAGAUUUGAAUUCUUAG